GUCACACCGACUUGGCGUGGGCUUCUCCUCUCUUGACCAAUCCCCAAAACUCCACAUAACCUUGAGAGAUGGCACCCAAGAAGGCCAAGAGGAGGCAGGCAGCAGAGGGCGGAAGCUCCAACGUGUUCUCCAUGUUUGAGCAGAGCCAGAUCCAGGAGUACAAGGAGGCCUUCACAAUCAUUGACCAGAACAGGGACGGUAUCAUCAGCAAGGAUGAUCUGAGGGACGUGCUGGCCUCCAUGGGCCAACUGAACGUGAAGAAUGAGGAGCUGGAAGCCAUGGUCAAGGAGGCUAGUGGCCCAAUCAACUUCACCGUCUUCCUCACCAUGUUCGGCGAGAAGCUGAAGGGUGCUGACCCCGAGGACGUCAUCCUGAGCGGUUUCAAGGUCCUGGACCCUGAGGGUACUGGCACAAUCAAGAAGGAAUUCCUUGAGGAGCUUCUGACCACCCAGUGUGACAGAUUUUCAGCUGAGGAGAUGAAGAACCUGUGGGCUGCCUUCCCCCCAGAUGUGGCUGGCAAUGUGGACUACAAGAACAUCUGCUACGUCAUCACACACGGAGAGGAGAAGGAAGAGGAGUAAAAUCCCUUCCAUCAAAUCCAUCCCUCCAUCCAUCCAUCCAUCCAUCCAUCCAUCCAUCCAUCCACCCAUCCAUCCAUCCAUCCACCUUGCACCCAAACAACAUCCCUUACCUCCUUCUCCUCCAUGACAUGCUCACCUUCCCCCUCCCUCUCUCCUUGUAGCCUUGUUCCCUCGCUCGCCCACACAACAGAGAGACUUGGGCUGGGUAGGGUUGAAUGUGAGUGAGCUGUGGAGACAGCGGGAUCAUGUUGAAUAAAAAUAAGGCUGUCAUUAAACUGCA